AUGUACAAAAAAAUGAUACAGGUUCAGAAACCUCGGAUAGACCAACUCGAUAGAAUUGCAACUAGCCCCCUAUUCAAGACUACAAAUGGAAAAAAAGAUAAAAAUGAUCAGACAUCAGUAUUGAUGAGUGAGAAAAAUGGAGAAAUAUGCAAAAGCAAUGGAGAAAGAAAUAAAUUUCCGGAUCAAUUGGGACAUAUCAAUGAACAGAUUGAAGAUAUGCAUGAAGAAAAAGAAACAUACAAUGAAUUUUUUGAGUCCAAAUUGUAUAUACCAUCUCUACGGGCAAACAAAAGAGAAUUGGAUUUUUUCUUUAAAAUUCUUAAAAAAGCAAUGGAAAAAAAUAGCAAAUACAAUAUAUACAUAAAUCUGAUGAAUAUUCUGUGUAAAAAUUUUCCGUCAUACAUUGGGCUAUUUGCGAAGCUGUGGUUUCAAUGUAAAGUUUUACUAGCAGAAAAAUUAAUUUUAAUUGAGUUUUUUAGGCAAUUAAAAAUAAACUCAGAAAUAAUUAACCAUUUUUUUAAUUAUGGAUAUGACUCUUUCGAAACGAUAUUGUCAAUAACCCCUGAAGAUUUAAUAAAAAUACAAAAAUUUAACAAUGUCACUUGGGUUCCUGGACAUGCUUUUAAAUUAAAAAUAAUUUUCUCUCAAAUUGAAGAAUACUUUAAGUUGUUCAUUCGACAGAAUGAUGACUAUGUACGAAAAAUUAAAAAAAUUAUUUUAAACAAAAGGAAAAAAACAGAACUAACUGUUCAGUUGUCUUUGGAACAGCAAAAGAACAGUGUAGAAGAAAGAGAAAAUAUUUAUUACACAUUCUCUCCUCAAACCUUGAAAAAUUUCAACACAAUUGUUUACCAACCACAUAUGUCAUUAAAUAUGAGGGGAAAAAAUCUCCUAUAUAAUCCUCUUCCCGAUAAGUCAUUAUAUUAUAAUAAGACAUAUGUAAAAAAUUAUCAACAUCCUCCUUAUUCUCUGUUACGUUAUGUUCACAAUUUUUUCUCUCUUCAUUGUUAA